GGGCCGUCGGGGCGCGCCUCCUUGUCUUUCCUGCGCGCGGUUCGGGCACCGCGGCUUCCGGCGCUCGGGGAGGGACGGGGCUCGGCAGAAGCGCCUCCUGCACGACGCGCGGCGGGCACUGAUGCCCAGGCUGCACGACCACUUCUGGAGCUGCCCCUGCGCCGGCGCCGCCAGGCACCUGAGCCCCCCGCGAGCCCGCUCCGCUCCGGCCACCCGGGUGGGAGGCAUGAUCGCCGCGACCCGGAGUGUCCCGGCCCCCGGGGCACCGGACGCAGAGCCCGAGCCCCGCAGCCCGCGAGCGGAUGCCGGCAGCUGGCAUCGCCACCUGGUGCAGAGGAGCCUCGUGCUCUUCUCGGUCGGCGUCGUCCUGGCCCUGGUGCUCAACCUGCUGCAGAUCCAGAGGAAUGUCACCCUCUUUCCCGACGAGGUGAUAGCCACCAUCUUCUCCUCCGCCUGGUGGGUGCCCCCCUGUUGUGGGACGGCAGCCGCUGUUGUUGGCCUACUAUACCCCUGUAUCGACAGUCACCUGGGAGAGCCCCACAAGUUCAAGAGAGAGUGGGCCAGCGUCAUGCGCUGCAUGGCAGUUUUUGUUGGCAUCAACCACGCCAGUGCUAAACUGGAUUUUGCCAACAAUGUCCAGCUGUCCUUGACCCUAGCAGCUCUGUCCCUAGGUCUGUGGUGGACAUUUGAUCGCUCCAGAAGUGGCCUUGGGCUUGGCAUCACCAUAGCCUUUCUAGCCACGCUGAUCACUCAGUUUCUCGUGUACAAUGGUGUUUAUCAGUACACGUCCCCAGAUUUUCUCUACAUCCGCUCUUGGCUCCCAUGCAUCUUCUUCUCGGGAGGUGUCACGGUUGGGAACAUAGGACGACAGCUGGCGAUGGGUGUUCCUGAAAAGCCGCACAGUGACUAGGAUCGAAGAGGAGGCUGGAUUUGGGGAGGCACGCUGUGGUCAAGGGUUGUGAAGAAGAGAUCUUUCUCUUCAGUGUUCUAUUCAUAUGGGGCUGACUGCAAAUACUCCUGGGGAAAAUGUCCACUUAGUCUAGAGUAGUGAAAUGGAGGCAAGAACUCUAUCCUCAAAGUCUUACCUUGCCCGUGCACCCCACACGUGUGUGCACAGAGCGUUCCGCUCCAGGCUGGUGCAGCUCAGUGGGGGCAGGUUCCUGAGUAUUAGAGUUCUUUCAUGUCAUUCAGACCAAGUUGCCAUAUUUCAAAACUUGAACUAAACUGAGUUACCAUCUAGCAGUUUUGUGUCAGUGCCCAAAGGAAACAGGUUGAUGGUGCUUAACAAAGAUGAAGUAUGAUAUCAUAGGAAUAUUUCUCCAGAUUUUACAAAUAGGGUUGUGUUUAAAAAAAAAAAAAAAAAAAGAGCAGCAGUGAGUGGAGGAGGCUGCGCUCCCGGCGGGUCCCAGGCGCACGUGCGUCUGUGAGGAGACGGCUCGGGCUCAUGCGGACGAUCCGAGAGCAGCAGGGAGAAGGCGCAGUUCUGCACCACGACACGGGGGCCCCCUGGUCACGUACGUCUGAGAGUGAACACUGGUCUGUCAUGUAUUUCAGUCUUAGCCAAAAUUGGUUGUUACUCCAGAGUAGAGAAGACUAUUUUUCCACAGCCCUAUGGACCUUGCAAUCUGUGAUUGCCUUGUAAAAAGAAGCGCGUGCGUCACUGCGUCAGACGUGGAGUUUGAGUCUCACUCAGUGGCAGUGGUGAGCAGUGUAUUCACUAUGGCUAGACCAUGUUGGGCCCAAUUUGCAAGCAUUGGGUCUUAAACUUCAAGUGCAAUGUAUAUGAAAACCAAUCUGAGCCUUGUAUUCUCUUAAAUAUUUAUUUUUUUUAACGCGUGAGCUGUCGCAGAGAAGGGUUCUCGGUUCAUUUUGGAGCUGCCUGGUGGCCAAGCUCAGCAAUACAUCCUCAGCUGUGAGGUCCCCUCAGCGUCACACCCUUCACCGAGCCCUGUUUCUUUGGCAUACUCCAGUUUUGUGGGUUUAGUAAUUUUUACUUACAAAUUUACCUUUUUGUAUCUUGCAAUUUAGAUGUUAUUGGUUUGUUUUAAAUUCUUUGGAAAUGACUUGAUUCAGAGACUCUCAGCAGGCCAGAAGCUGGGCUCCUGCCUGUGUGCACACUGGCACAGGUUUGUCCCCUGGGGUCCUCACUGGGGUUUUGCUUAUUUUGUUUUAAGGAAAAUGUCUGGAGUAAAUUUUAGGUUUCUGAAGCUAAUUUGUUUUAGAAGAGUUUUGUUUAAAAGAAAGUGAAUCAUUCUGAAGCCUGGAAUGAGCCUUGAUAAGCGUCCUGGAAGUGAGACAGGUGAUCAGAUACGUGAAAAUGGUCUUCAGUGAGAGUGACAGUGGAGGAAACCCAGACAUGGGCGGAGGAAGAGUGAGCGGAUCUUUAAAAUCACUUGAUUCUGUACAGGGAGUAUUUGUUUCUUAAACUGGAACUACAUCUGUUAGAAAGAAGGUAGCCAAAAAAAAACAAUGUGAAUCUGAAGAAUUUUUGCCAAUAGUUUAUUGCAGACACAUGGAACCAAAGUGAUUUGCGUGUGUGACAGUAUAAAAUAACAUGAACAAGAUUUGCACUAUCCCAGAUCGGAACAGCGCGGUUCACACUCACACUGAGUCUUCAACAUUGUGGUCUUUUUGCGUUCUUUUUUUUACUUUUAUUAAAGGUUCAAAACCA